CGCUCUAGCCCCCGGCUGUCGCUCAGCGGGCCCGGCGCGGUUGCCCAGGGAACGGGCUCCCGGCAGCCCCCGCGGCCCGGAGUCCGUCCCCGCCUCCUCCGGCCGGGCCGGGCCGACGAGUCCGGAGGGGCCGCCGCGGGAGCCCCCAGGCUUCCCCAGAUGCCAAGUAAACAUUCCUUUUCCUGCCUGAAGAUCAUCUGUGAAAGCCUUGGCCAUGGCAUCAGUAUCAGAGCCUAUUACGUUCAGAGAAUUCUGCCCCUUAUACUAUCUCCUCAAUGCCAUUCCCACAAAGGUCCAGAAGGGUUUCCGCUCUAUUGUGGUCUACCUCACAGCUCUCGAUACCAAUGGGGACUACAUCGCAGUGGGCAGCAGCAUUGGCAUGCUCUAUCUGUACUGCAGACACUUCAACCAGAUGAAAAAGUACAACUUUGAGGGGAAAACAGAACCCAUCACAGUGGUGAAGCUGCUGAGCUGCUUCGAUGACCUAGUGGCUGCAGGCACUGCCUCUGGGAGGGUUGCUGUCUUUCAGCUUGUAUCCUCACUGCCAGGGAGAAAUAAACAACUUCGGAGAUUUGAUGUCACCGGUAUUCACAAAAAUAGCAUAACCGCUCUGGCUUGGAGCCCCAAUGGAAUGAAAUUGUUCUCUGGAGAUGACAAAGGGAAAAUUGUCUAUUCUUCUCUGGAUCUAGACCAGGGUGUCUGUAACUCCCAUUUGGUUUUGGAGGAGCCAUCCUCAAUUGUGCAACUGGAUUAUAGCCAGAAAGUGCUGCUUGUGUCUACACUACAGAGAAGCCUGCUUUUUUACACAGAAGAAAAGUCUGUCAAGCAAAUUGGAACACAACCAAGGAAAAGCACUGGGAAAUUUGGAGCUUGUUUUAUACCAGGACUUUGUAAGCAGAGUGAUCUAACCUUGUAUGCAUCACGGCCCGGGCUCCGACUGUGGAAGGCAGACAUCCAUGGGACUGUUCAAGCCACGUUUAUCUUAAAAGAUGUUUUUGCCGGAGGGGUCAAGCCUUUUGAACUGUACCCACGUCUGGAAUCCUCCAACAGGGGAAGUUGUAGCUUACCUGAGAAACACCUGGGGCUUGUUUCAUGUUUCUUUCAAGAAGGCUGGGUGUUGAGUUGGAAUGAAUAUAGUAUUUACCUUCUAGACACCAUCAACCAGGCCACAAUUGCUGGUUUGGAAGGAUCAGGUGAUAUCGUGUCUGUUUCCUGCACAGAACAUGAAAUAUUUUUCUUAAAGGGAGAUCGGAACAUUAUAAGAAUUUCAAGCAGACCGGAAGGACUACCAUCAAUAGUGCGAGAUGGUCUGGAGACGGCAGGAUGCACAGAGCAGGCCUUUGGACAGCGUGCGGAGAAGCCGUCGGGAGCUCCAGGGUCUGAGACAAGGCUCAGGGGCUCCUCUGUGGCCAGUUCCGUGGCCAGCGAGCCAAGGAGCAGGAGCAGCUCCCUCAACUCCACCGACAGCGGCUCUGGGCUUCAGGCAGCUCUAGAGCUGGGGAGGGGCGGCCAGUCCACCUCACAGAGAUUCAGUGUGAUUAGCUCAGAAGACUUUGACCAGGAGCUUGUUGUGAAGCCUCUGAAAGUGAAAAAGAGGAGGAAGAAGAAGACAGAAGGUGGAAGCAGGAACACCUGCCACAGUUCCCUUGAAUCGACCCCCUGCUAUGAGUUCCCAGGUGACAGUCCCCAGUCCUUGAACACAGACCUGUUGUCUAUGACAUCAAGUUUGGGCAGCAUCGUGGAUCGGUCGAGCACAGAGUCUCCUGACCAGGACAGUAACCUCAGUGGGGAGGUGAAUGGUGUCCUGCAGGAAAAUCUUGACCCCGAAGCAUUCAGUGUCCUGGAGGUACCUGCACCUGCCCCUGAUGUACUGAACGAAGGGAAUGGAGAUAGACCGGGAAUCCUACCGUGUAACCGUGCAGGCGAGACAGGGCCACACAGCGGAGUGUGGACUUCGCUCUUGGAGCUACGGGAAGCCAUGGAAGGCAGUGAUGUUAUAGAACUCAGAGAGGAGUCUUGUCCCGCAGUCGAUGGACCAAGUAGCAGACAGUCACCCUGUCAAGAACAGGACAGCUCUGCUGAGGCCCGGGAAGUGGGGGACAUGGAACCUGAUGACUCCCAAAGCACUUUCUCUGAAGCCCCCUUCCUGAACUCACCCCCAGUGCCUUCCAGCCUCAGCUGGGCCUCCCAUGCCGAGCAGCAGCUGCCGGCAACCAGCGCUGACGAAGGCAGUGCCGAGGAGCCCAGCAAGGAGCAGGGCUUCCUCACGCACAUGGGGGGCCCUGGCCACCUUGGCUCAACUCCCUGGCAUGCUGUCACCGACAGUGACACAGGCCUAAAGGAAGUGAUUGCUCCGGAAUGUGACUUGGGGACUGUGGGAGGACGGCUGACACCCCCGGUCUCUGCCUUGGCGGUUCGCACCCAUGAGCCUCGGCAUGAGCAGCCUUCACGGGACCAGGUGUUGACAUCCAGUGACGAGGAGGACAUCUAUGCUCACGGAUUGCCUUCCUCUUCCUCGGAGACAAGUGUGACGGAGCUUGGUGGUAGUCGCUCCCUGCAGGACCUGAGCCAGCCUGGCACAGAUGGCACUGGGCUGCUAAAAUCAGAUCAGUUUGCAGAAAGCUGGAUGGGAUACUCUGGUCCCGGCUACGGCAUACUCAGCUUGGCUGUCUCUGAGAAGUACAUUUGGUGCCUGGACUACAAAGGCGGCCUGUUCUGCAGCGCGCUGCCGGGCGCUGGGCUACGCUGGCAGAAGUUUGAGGACGCCGUCCAGCAGGUGGCGGUCUCACCCUCAGGAGCCCUUCUGUGGAAGAUUGAACAGAAAUCUAACCGAGCUUUUGCUUGUGGAAAAGUGACCAUCAAGGGGAAGCGGCACUGGUAUGAAGCCCUGCCCCAGGCGGUGUUUGUGGCCCUGAGCGACGACACGGCGUGGAUCAUCAGGACAAACGGAGAUCUAUACCUGCAGACAGGUCUCAGUGUGGAUCGCCCCUGUGCCAGAGCCGUAAAGGUCGACUGUCCAUACCCACUGUCCCAGGUCACAGCCAGAAACAGCGUGGUGUGGGCACUGACAGAGCAGAGAGCCCUCCUGUACCGGGAGGGCGUGAGCAGCUUCUGCCCUGAAGGGGAGCAGUGGAAAUGUGACAUCGUCAGUGAAAAGCAAGCUUUGGAACCCGUCUGUAUAACUCUCGGGGACCAGCAGACUCUGUGGGCCCUGGACAUCCGAGGGAACCUGUGGUUCAGAACUGGCAUCGUUUCCAAGAAGCCCCAGGGAGAUGAUGACCAUUGGUGGCAAGUGAGCAUCACAGACUACGUGGUGUUUGACCAGUGCAGCUUAUUCCAGACCAUAAUCCAUGCCACACACUCGGUGGCCACGGCAGCACAAGUGCCCGUGGAAAAGGUGGCAGAUAAGCUGCGCAUGGCAUUUUGGUCUCAGCAGCUUCAGUGCCAGCCGAGCCUUCUCGGGGUAAACAACAGUGGUGUCUGGAUCUCCUCCGGCAAGAAUGAAUUCCACGUCGCUAAAGGAAAUCUCAUCGGCACUUACUGGAAUAAUGUUGUUCCCCGUGGGACAGCUUCUGCAACAAAGUGGGCCUUUGUGCUGGCUUCCACUGCUCCCACAAAAGAAGGAAGCUCCUUGUGGCUGUGCCAGAGCAGCAAGGACCUGUGCAGUGUCAGCGCCCAGAAUGCCCAGUCCCGCCCCUCCACGGUGCAGCUGCCUCCCGACGUGGAGAUGAGGGCAUACGCCGCCUGCCAGGAUGCCCUGUGGGCCCUGGACAGCCUUGGCCAGGUGUUCAUCAGGACGCUCUCCAAGAGCUGCCCCACAGGCAUGCAUUGGACGCGGCUGGACCUUUCCCAGCUAGGAGCUAUAAAACUGACGAGCUUGGCAUGUGGAAACCAGCACAUCUGGGCCUGUGAUUCUAGGGGUGGAGUUUACUUCCGAGUGGGAACCCAGCCUCUAAAUCCCAGUCUGAUGCUUCCAGCCUGGAUAAUGAUUGAGCCACCUGUCCAGCCUGCUGGGGUCACACUGGUCAGCGUCCACUCCAGUCCCAACGACCAGAUGCUGUGGGCGCUCGAUAGCAGGUGGAACGUGCACGUCCGAGCUGGAAUCACCGAAGAGAUGCCAGUGGGGACCGACUGGGAGCACGUGCCAGGGUUGCAGGCCUGCCAGCUGGCACUGAGCACCAGGACCGUGUGGGCCCGCUGCCCCAAUGGUGAUCUUGCCCGGCGGUACGGCGUCACCGACAAGAACCCUGCGGGAGACUAUUGGAAGAAAAUACCCGGCAACGUGACGUGUUUCACAGUGACCUCGUCCGAUGAGCUGUGGGCAGUGGGCCCCCCUGGCUACCUCCUCCAGCGGCUGACGAGGACUUUCAGCCACUCGCACGGCGCCCCGAGCAGCCACGCCACCACCCCCCACCCCGAGGACCUGGAGGACGAGUGGGAGGUCAUCUGAAGGAGCCUGGGGGCAGGGCUGCUCAGGAGGGAGGAGGCCGGGACGGUGGCGGACACAGUGGUUUCGGAGUCGCUCGCUCUCGGCCACGCCUCAUCAGCCCUCGUCCAGACAUGCCGGGCCGGCUCGGACAACCACACUUGCUUUCAUCCAUGUUUGUUUCCGUCUGUUCCAGAACCCACAGCCUCGGCCGAGUGAUGUGGAGCCGUUGCCAGAGCGGCAGUGCCUCUGAGCUCCUGCGAGGCCGCGUCCCCUGGCGCUCCAGGCCCGCCAUGGGGACAACCCGGGGGUCAGUGCUCCCUGCCACUGACGGGGGUCCUGGGCCAGCUUGUGGUCAUCACAGGGACACGAGUUCUGGCACACAUUCCGUGCUGGACCCCCCAGUGGGGAAACCAAGGCCGUGUCGGAGAGUGGGGCGCCGGUCUGUGCCAGGCUGCAGCACCCGCGCUCACUCACACCACAACAUGCACGCCCACACCACGCACGCCCUCCCGGCCCACGCACAGGGCACAGCACACUCGCCUCUUGGAGAACACACUUCAGCCAAAACAAUAAAGGCCAGUGGAUGACAUGGAUGUGAAGGGUGCACGUGUUCCCAAGGCAGCGGUGGCCCUGGGCGGUGUGGCCGAGGUGGGGGAGCUCGGCCACGGUGGCUGACUCAGCAGUGUCUUUAGAGCGAUGUUAAUGCUGCUGGUGGACGUCGUAAAGACCGGAAGCAUCCUCACAGGAUGAGUCUACUAAUUAUUGCCUUUUUUGUUUGUUAUAUUACAAACCUGCAUAAGAUACCUCAUUUGAAAUCAACUCUUACAAAUUUAGAGGAGAAAUGUAUUUUCGGAAACCAGUGGAAGGCCUUUCGUUCCUUCGCAUGGUUUACCCUGCGCCGGCGCUGUCCUCAGCCGCAGCUUCACGGAGCGUGGGCGUCCCCCCGCGUGUCCUCCACGUGCGGGGCAGUCGUGGCACCUGCCGGCUGGCCCCGAGUGGCCACCGGUGCCGUUAGCAGGCAUUGGGUUGAUGCCCCCAGGAGGUUCGAACCGAGCCCGCUGUGGCCACGCCGGACGCCGGUCCCUGGGGUCGGCCUGCGGUGCCCACUGUCCCCGCAGGCAUCUGGGCCCGAGGCUCGGCAGCCCGGCCCGCGUCCCGCCUGAGCGCACCGCCCCCCCCUCCUGGAGGCAGCUCCCAAGUGGGACUCGGCCUCGCUGCUUUUUUUAGCCUGUCCUUGGUCCAGGGCCCAGUGACGCGACGCCUGUUUUCUACUAAGCAAACGUGUCCAGGAGCCCCCGGGCCGCAGGUGGAGAGCGAUACGGCGUGUUCCCUGCCGGGACCCGGCCGCGGAGACGGAGGUGCCCCAGGCCCAAAGGAGGACAAGACGCUGGAACCCCAGGCCCUGCUUCACACUCCACGCUUAGAGAACCUUGUUCUAGAAGGCCGGCGAGCGCAGAGGCCGGCCCCGGCUGCGGCGGCUCCUCCGGACGUUGUGCCUUGCGGCCCCUGGACGGCAGAGCCCUCCUAAACCCACGGGACUUUAGUGCAAUUAAACCCAAGUCUAGUUUGAUACUUUUAAACUACUUUUAGCUUCAGUGCUUUGUACGGUUUUUCUUUCCGGUUUUAAUUUUUAGUUGUGCUUUGAGACAGUGCAAUAAACUAGACUUUUUCCAAA